CAGACUAUUACAUUGUGGCAAAAUGCGAUUAUUACAAGUGGUAAUUUUAUCGAUAAUCCUCGCCUGUUCUCAAGCCAAACCGCACCCGGGGGACUUCUUCAAGAAGCCCAUAUUCAAAGAUUUCUAUGGAGUAAUCCACGCCGACAUCAAAGACGGCGAUGCCGGGGAUCCUUUGAUCCUCACCCCCUUGAUCCAGCAGAACAGAAUUAAAGAAGCCCAGGAAGCUUCCGAGGUUGUUCUGGACGAUUUUAUGGGAGUGAAAAGCUACGCUGGAUACCUAACAGUCGAUGAAGCUUACGGUUCGAAUUUGUUCUUCUGGUUCUUCCCUUCGGAAUCCAAUUGGGACACGGAUCCGGUGAUUUUGUGGCUACAAGGAGGACCUGGUGCUCCUUCAGAAUUCGGCAUCUUCGACGAAAACGGUCCGUUCUACUUCGCUUUGGAUGGACAGCUGACAUUAAGAAACACCUCCUGGACCAAAUCCCAUUCUGUAGUAUAUUUCGACCAACCUGCUGGCACUGGAUUCAGUUUCACCAACGGUGGAUACGCCAGGAACCAAACCAAAGUGGGCGAUGACCUCUACAAUGGGCUCUACCAAUUCUUCCAGCUCUUUCCCAACCUGCAAUCGAACGAUUUCUUCAUCACUGGAGAGUCCUACGGCGGGAAAUAUGUACCGGCAACGGCUCACGCCAUCCACAGAAGGAACCCCAACGAUGAAAUGAAAAUUAAUCUGAAAGGUAUAGCCAUAGGAAACGGUUUCGUUCAUCCCGAAUACCAGCUAAGGUACGCCGAAUAUUUGUACCAGCACGGAUUUGUCGAUGGAAAUACUAAGAAACAACUGGAAGACACAGAAAAUAAAGCUGUGGAGCAGAUCAAACAGAAAAACUGGAAAGCCGCAGCCGAACUUCUUAAUGUCGAUUUGGACAACAUAGGCGACAACAUAGACAUACCUAGCAUCUACAACUACCUUUAUCUAGUAACACCAGUAGACGUUGACACCUACAUGGACGCCUUCCUAGCCAGAGAAGACGUCAGACGAGCUUUGCACGUGGGAAACACCGUUUACAACGACGGCAAUGUAUAUGAUAACCUAUCACAGGACAUACCAAAGUCCAUCACGCCUUGGUUGAGCGAGCUCCUGAACCACUACAGGGUGCUUGUGUAUAACGGACAGACGGAUAUCAUUGUAGCCUAUCCCAUGACGGUAGAAUACGUGAAAAAUUUGAACUACAGCAGCGCUGAGGAGUACAAAACGGCAACCAGGCGCACGUGGAAAUAUGGAGAAGAUGUGGCUGGUUAUGUCAAAUCGGCUGGUAAUUUGACAGAGGUCAUGGUGAGAAAUGCCGGGCAUAUGGUGCCCACAGAUCAACCUGAAUGGGCUUUGGAUCUUAUCACGAGAUUCGUCAAAAACGACCUAUGAAAGGCAAAUAUGAAGAGUUGUUAUAAAAGUAUAAAGUAUUGUUAAAUUUGAUAGUUUGUUGGACGUAAUAAUAAACAUUUUUAAUUACUUUAA